GACGCCGCCCUGCCCCGCGCGCAGUGGACGCCGAGGACGCGCUGGAGGAGGCGGCGGGCGCGGGCCUGGUGCUGCAGAGCGACCUGCUGCUGGGCCAGGACCUGGAGUUCGACGACAGCAACGACCGCAUCAUGGGCUUCGAGAAGGACUCGGAAGCAGACUCGCUAGUGGGGAAGAUUGCCAUGCCAGCCUACUCACUAAGUGACGACGAUUAUUCCUCGGGCUACCAGCCACUGAGCGUGGAGAGUGAUGCUGAGGAGGGCGAUGUGGAUGGGGGGCCACCAGGCACCGGCCUGGGGCAGAGCUGCCUGCAGUGUGCAGCAGGCACGGACGCGGCAGUGGGCCGGGGCCAGCGUGUGGUGUACUCCUGCCAGCUCUGCCCCUUUGCCUCACACUACUCAAGCCACCUGAAGCGCCACAUGAAGACGCACAACGGGGAGAAGCCGUUCCAGUGCCCGCAGUGCGACUACGCUUCAGCCCAGCUGGUGAACCUGACGCGGCACCUGCGCACACACACGGGCGAGAAGCCCUACCACUGCGGGGGCUGCGGCUUCACCUGCAGCAGCCUGGGCAACCUCAAGCGCCAUGAGCGCAUCCACAGCCAAGACAAGCCCUUCCGCUGCGGCGCCUGCACCUACCGCUGCAACCAGAGCCGGAAUCUCAAGAGACACAUGCUCAGCCACCGCCCACCCGAGGGGGCAACACGCCCACACAACCAGCCCCAAGGCACUACUGUGCUUGGUCCUGCAGAGCCGCUGCUGCCGGAGCUGAGCCUGCAUGGGGCGGGCGCGGGUGCCCCCUUCCUGCCCGGCUGCGCCCGGCUGCGGGGGGCCGAGGCGGGCACGCUGCCUGAGCUGCUCUUCCCCUUCACGUGUCGGGCCUGCGGGCUGGUGCUGGACGACGGGCUGGCACCGGAUGAGGGGCUAGCUGAGCCGACCUGUGCCCGCUGCAGCCUGGCAGCACUGGAUGCUGAGCCAGGCACUGGCCCCCGCCCUGGCACGGCCAAGGGUUUCGCCUGCAGCCUGUGCCCCUUCGUGACCCACUACCCCAACCACCUGGCACGGCACAUGAAGACGCACAGUGGGGAGAAGCCGUUUGCCUGCCCGCUCUGCCCCUAUGCCUCGGCCCACCUGGACAACCUCAAGCGGCACCAGCGCGUGCACACGGGCGAGAAGCCCUACAAGUGUGCACUGUGCGACUACGCCUGCGGCAACCUGGCCAACCUCAAGCGCCAUGGCCGCAUCCAUUCUGGGGACAAGCCCUUCCGCUGCGGCCUCUGCAGCUACAGCUGCAACCAGAGCAUGAACCUCAAGCGCCACAUGCUGCGUCACACGGGAGAGAAGCCCUUCCAGUGCCGUGACUGCCCCUACACCACUGGCCACUGGGACAACUACAAGCGCCACCAGAAGAUCCACGGCCACACUGCCGACGCCUGGGUCAACCCCCGCAGCACGAAGGCCCUGCUCACCCCGCCACCUGCUGGUGCCCCCCUGCCCUAGGGCGGCCUGCAGCCAGGCCAGGCACUGCCACACGGCCACCCUGGGAACUCUGCUGCCUGCUGGGGCCAAGGCAGUCUGGGUCUGGCCCAGCCUGGUGGGAGCAGUGAGGGCCAGCCCUCCCCUGGGGACACUUGCUCUGGGACCAGGCCAGAAGGACAGACAGAGCUGAGCUGCGAGGCCUCAGGUUGGAGGGGGGCUCUGUGGACUGAGCAGGACCCAGUCACGUAGCAGGCCCUGCCCCGCAGCCCCUCCCUGGUGGGGGGAGAGUGGGAGCAGGUCCUGUCACCACCAAUCCCCUGCCAUCCCUUCAGGGCCUAAGGCCAAGGACAUGGGGCUCACACCCCUGCUUGCCCCCCACCAGGGAAACUCUCAUCUGGAGGUAGUGGCUGCAGCUCAGGGUGGCCACGGGCCUCAUGGGACAGGUCUGAUCUCCCUCUCCCAGCUGGCACUUGCACCUGAGCUGCGGUUGCCACUUGAUUCUUGUGUAAUUUAUAUUGUGUUAUGAAAGCAUUAAAGUCAGUUUCGUUACC